ACGUCUGCUGACAGCAUUAUGCAAGAGUUAAGCGUGCAAAAGAAUGACGUCAAUGGGUCAGCACACGGAAAAAUUGUGUUUUUACAUUUUGAUUCUACUGAUCAUGCCGGCCACAUUUUCGGAUAUCCAUCACCAGGUUACUCGAAGGCUGUAUUCGAGGCAGACAACUUUACUCAGUCCGUCUUCGAGUUCUUCCGAAAAAAUCUACCCAAAGAAUUCAUAAAUGCAACAACAUUUAUUGUUGCCUCGGACCAUGGCGUUUCACAUUAUGGGCAUGGUGAUGGCGGUAUAAAGGAGCUCUAUGUGCCCAUAUUCAUGUGGGGUAGCGGAAUCGUAAAAGAACAAUCUCAUCCGCUUUUGAGAAAGUUGGACUCCAAAUCCGGGUACCAAAUACUCCUUAAUCAACUAGAUAUCUGUCCUCUAAUCGCGAGCCUCCUGGGAAUCAAGACGCCGUCAAAUUCCAUGGUAAGCAGUCAAGGGCCUCAAAUCCUAACCCUUAUCCUCCAGGCAACGAUUGAGCGAAUAAAAUCAACUUCCUUCUUUCCCUUCGUGGCAAGUGAGCGCGAAGAACCAUGGGUGGUGGAAGAUCUUUUACAGGAGACAGAUCAGCUUGUAAGGGCGCUGUCGAAAUUAAGUAAUAUGAAUUCUUUUCCAAGAUCCAAGAGCAUAAGCGAACGCAAGAUCGCUUGA